CGCGGCGCUGCCGGGCGUGCCGGCCACACUCCCCCCACCCACUCGGUGAGCUUGUCACUUCCUGCCCUCGCCCCAUCUCCGUCCGGGGUCAGUCAGUCGCUCCCUGUCGCUGCCGGAGAGUCUCUGCUUCCCCCUUCCUACGCGCUCCGCGGCGGUAGCUCGGGCUCUCCGGAGGAGGGAACGACAGAGAAAAAGAGAGACUGACUUAAUAAAGUUUCCUGAAACAACAACUACCACCGAAAAGGCCCAAGGUGGGGGGAGACCCCCAUUCUUCCCCGCCCCUCUCCUAAAGCCUGAGGGACCGUUGCAGGUGGAGCGGCGCUGGAAGGACCCGGGCUGCGGCGGCAGCCGUUGCCCCGGCGAGGGGAGCCUCAGGUCCUACCCGCUCCGGUUCCGGCUCCUUCGGUGGCGGCGGCGGCUGCUGCCGGGCGGUUCCUCCUGUCAACUGCCUCCGCCCGCGCGCCACCCGCCUAGCCACACAGCGCGGAGGACGCCGUAAGCCGCCGCCGCCGCAGUCGCCUCGGCCCGCGGAGGGACGUGGUGAGCUGUGGCGCUUCCGCGUCAGCGCCGGCGGGGACUCUUUGGGAACGCGUCGGGCCCGAGUCCGGGUUCCCUCGCGUGGUCAGCGGAGGCUGCGCCAGGUGGGGCCCGCAGCAGCCUCCCACGCCAGGCUGUCCCCGCGGCUGCCCGGCCUGCCUUCCUUCCUUCCGCCCGCCGGCCCGCCCUAGGAGUUGACCACGCCGCAAUGAAGAGCUUCUUGCAGUAAAAGGAAAGUAGGUCGAGUCCACUGAAAAUGCCUUUAAGGGACAAAUACUGUCAGACUGACCACCAUCAUCACGGAUGCUGUGAACCAGUUUAUAUCCUGGAACCUGGAGAUCCUCCUUUGUUACAGCAACCACUACAGACAUCCAAAUCUGGUAUUCAACAAAUAAUUGAGUGCUUUCGAUCAGGAACUAAACAACUUAAGCAUAUUUUAUUAAAAGAUGUGGACACUAUUUUUGAAUGUAAGUUAUGCCGCAGUCUCUUCAGAGGAUUACCAAAUUUAAUUACCCAUAAAAAAUUCUACUGCCCACCAAGUCUCCAGAUGGAUGACAACCUUCCUGAUGUAAAUGAUAAACAAAGCCAAGCCAUAAAUGAUCUCCUAGAAGCCAUAUAUCCAAGUGUGGACAAACGAGAAUAUAUUAUUAAGCUAGAACCCAUAGAAACUAAUCAAAAUGCAGUGUUUCAAUAUAUUUCGAGGACUGAUAAUCCUAUUGAAGUCACAGAGUCAAGCAGUACUCCUGAACAAACCGAAGUUCAAAUACAGGAAGCGAGCACUGAACAGUCAAAAACAGUACCGGUUACAGAUACAGAGGUGGAAACUGUAGAGCCCCCUCCUGUUGAGAUCGUUACAGAUGAAGUUGCACCUACAUGUGAUGAACAACCUCAGGAGUCACAGGCUGACUUGGAAACUUCUGACAAUUCUGAUUUUGGUCACCAGUUGAUAUGUUGUCUUUGUAGAAAAGAAUUCAAUUCUAGACGAGGUGUUCGCCGUCACAUUCGAAAAGUACACAAGAAAAAGAUGGAAGAACUAAAAAAGUACAUUGAAACACGAAAGAAUCCAAACCAGUCCUCUAAAGGACGCAGUAAGAAUGUUCUAGUUCCAUUAAGUAGGAGUUGUCCAGUAUGUUGUAAAUCAUUUGCUACAAAAGCAAAUGUAAGGAGGCAUUUUGAUGAAGUUCAUAGAGGACUAAGGAGGGAUUCAAUUACUCCUGAUAUAGCAACAAAGCCUGGGCAACCUUUGUUCCUGGAUUCUAUUUCUCCUAAAAAAUCUUUUAAGACUCGAAAACAAAAGUCGUCUUCAAAGGCUGAAUACAAUUUAACUGCAUGCAAAUGCCUCCUUUGCAAGAGGAAAUAUAGUUCACAAAUAAUGCUUAAAAGACAUAUGCAAAUUGUCCACAAGAUAACUCUUUCUGGAACAAACUCUAAAAGAGAGAAAGGCCCUAAUAAUACUGCCAACAGUUCAGAAAUAAAAGUUAAAGUUGAACCAGCAGAUUCUGUAGAAUCUUCACCCCCUUCCAUUACCCAUUCUCUACAGAAUGAAUUAAAGGGAACAAAUCAUUCAAAUGAAAAAAAGAACACACCGGCAGCACAGAAAAAUAAAGUUAAACAAGACUCUGAAAGCCCUAAAUCAACUAGUCCGUCGGCUGCAGGUGGCCAGCAAAAAACCAGAAAACCAAAACUUUCAGCUGGCUUUGACUUUAAGCAACUUUACUGUAAACUUUGUAAACGUCAGUUUACUUCCAAACAGAACUUGACUAAACACAUCGAGUUGCACACAGAUGGAAAUAACAUUUAUGUUAAAUUCUACAAGUGUCCUCUUUGCACUUAUGAAACUCGUCGGAAACGCGAUGUGAUACGACAUAUAACUGUGGUUCAUAAAAAGUCAUCUCGUUAUCUUGGGAAAAUAACAGCCAGUUUAGAGAUCAGAGCUAUAAAAAAGCCUAUUGAUUUUGUUCUAAAUAAAGUGGCAAAAAGAGGCCCUUCGAGGGACGAAGCAAAACAUAGUGAUUCAAAACAUGAUGGCACUUCUAACUCUCCUAGUAAAAAGUAUGAAGUAGCUGACGUCGGUAUUGAAGUAAAAGUCACAAAAAACUUUUCUCUUCACAGAUGCAAUAAAUGUGGAAAGGCAUUUGCCAAAAAGACUUAUCUUGAACAUCAUAAGAAAACUCAUAAGGCAAAUGCUUCCAAUUCACCUGAAGGAAACAAAACCAAAGGCCGAAGUACAAGAUCUAAGGCUCUUGUCUGAUAACUUCAAGUGAUGUACGAAAAGGUUUGGAGUUCAUUUUUGUGGAAAGACUUUAAAUUGGUGUUAGAACCACUAAACAUCUUCAAAUGGUACUAAGAGGAAAAAAAAGAGAAACAUUUUUCUAAAUAUUCAACUAUAACUGCUGUUUUCUGACUAAAAUAAUAACCAUCUAACCACUGGUUUCUAAGGCACUGCCUAUUCCAGCACUUUCAAGUAGCUGUGACAUUACAUGUUGUCAUCACAGUCCAUCAGCUAACCGGUUGCCCUUGACCUUGUGCAUUUGGUCUACAGUUUCUACAAAAAUGUUACAAAUUUUGUUCUCUAAACAAUUUGUUGAUUAAGUGAUCAACAACCUGAAGAAAAUAUCAAUUUUUAAUUGACAAAGACUUUAUAUCUUAGUGAUUUUAGUUUUAUUUCACUUUAUUUGGCAACAUUUUCAUCUGAAUUGUAUAGAUAUAUGAUUUUCUAGUGACUAUAUGUUAGGAACAAAAGACAAAAUAGUAUCAGCACAUUAUAAAUAUUUAGCUUACUAAAUAUUUGUAAUUAUUUUUACAUCCAUUUAUUUCUAGCUUGUUCUCCAGCACUUAAGUUUGAAAGUUUCAUCCUAAAAUAUAUACUACAGGAAAGUUCCAGUUCAUUUUCAUGCAUGGAUUAUUAAAUUUUUCACUUGUAAAUGUAGGUUUUUAUGAAAAUUAAACAUUCCCCUAUUUUUCUUUAAAUUUUAUACAAAGCACUUUAAUGAUAGAUGCAACCUUAUUUUUCAGUUCCUAUUUUUUUAAAGACCACACAUUUACUAAUGUUAAUAUAAAGGUAAUAAAUAGCUUACUGAUAUUUUAUGGAUGCAGACAAUCCAUGCACAACCACUUCUUAUGAUACUACUUUAUUUCCUUAAAUAUUGCUACAAAAGGAAGAUGCGGGUGUAAGCCCUGAUUUUUUUUUCUCCCAAGAAAAAUCUUAAAGGACCACUUUAGAUAAUAUUUGAUUCCUACUGUAAAAUUUAGAAAAUGAUUAAUUCUUGUCCAUUUUUGUAAUCAAGAUUUUAGGAAAAACAGAAAUACAUCUAUCUUUAUGAAAUUUUGGGCAGGUUUUUGUGUAUCAAUAUUUUGUACUUUUUAGGGAAUAUUUUAUUUUUUAGUUAUUUGUGUCAAAUUAUAAUUAUAAAAGGUACAGCAGAAAAUAUACCAUGUUUUUAUAUAGGUUCACACCUGUACUUAGGAGGGACCCUGUCCAUCUAUAUACUUUUUGUAUAAAAUUUUAAAAUGUUAAAGAUCCACAAGGUCUUAAUAAAAUGAUUCUAUAGCUAGAAAAACAUUUACCUUCCCAGUGCUUUGCACUAAAAUAUACUGUGAAAGGAAACUAGAAAGACUGUAACUAUUGCUGGAAAUGUUCUAUAUUGAAUGUACAUGCUCUUGUUGGAAAAAUGUACUAUAUGUGAUGGAAAUAAACCAGACUCGAAGUUAUUUCAGCUAAAUGUGCUUCAGCAAAGGUGCAUUGGUUGAAACUUAAAUGUUUUAUUAUCAAAUUUAAACUUAUUCAGUGACUAUGAGCAGCUACACUUGAAUUAUAUUCUGAUAGUUUUAUUUCUAAGAAAUAGAGUAAUAAUUUCUCUUUAAUUUAAAAACAGAUUUACUUUCCAACAUAUUGAAAAUUUGUACUUAUAGAUCUAACUUUAAUAACUAAUAGUAUAAUAUAUUUAGGGAACUAAAUGUGUAGGUGGGUAUUUCAUUUAUAAGCCAUCUUCAUUAGUUGCACAUUAUUAAACCUAUAUGUUUGACUUUUGCAAGGUGUUAUCUUUUAUGCAUUCCUACACACAAGACAUAUUCCAAAGAUAUUUUCCAGAUAAAUGCGGAUAACCCCUGAAAAGAUAUGAGGAUUCCUAAAAAGCUUGGGGUUGCUCUUUGCAGCAUCCUCUCAUUUGUAUGCCAGCCUUUUCCUCUCUGCUUGCUUGUUAAAUACUAUAGAGAAGAAAGAAAACUUGAUGUUGGAGGUGGGGAGCCCAUUGCUAGAAUUCCCUUACUCUACCCACCUGUUUCUACAGGACCAUUCACAGUAUGUCUCCUCUGUAGUAAUUCUGGGGCCCCAGAAUAGGAAUCUAUAGGAGGAAGUAAAUGAGAGUUCUAGGGCUGUCAAAAGAUUUCAUCUGGGUCGUGUAGGAAAAAUAGCACUGUGUCAGUACUUGAGUAAAUUAGAUUGGAAACAUCAUAAUAGCUGGAUUAAUUGAUAAUGGCAUAUAUAAGAGAAGCUGAACUAGGACCAGUUUAGAAAGGUAGAACAAACAAGUGACCAGAAAGUAUUGUUCUUCGUAUUCCUUUCUGGUCUUCAUCCUUCCUGAUUUGACUUGAGCUCUGUCGUUUCAGGGGCUCAGGCUUAAGGCUCUUGAGAAGAGGCCUAAGAAGUUUGUGUGGGAAGCUUUUCUGCAUAUAGGCUACAUAAACACAUAUUUAGGUGACUUUUUAUUGUUAUAGUGAGGAUUAAAGCACACAAAGAGCCAUCAUAAACUGCUUAUUUUAUGUAAGACCUAUCUGGCUAUAAAUUAUAUCUACCUUUGCUGCUAUUUGAUCAGUUAAGAGUUUUCCUAUAGAAUUGAACUUACCAUCCUUCCCAAAGAUGCCUUCCAUUCCUAAGUGUGGUGGAAGAGGAGAAACAACAGGUGUAGGUUGCACUUCAACUUCAUAAGUUUGAAUAGUACAAAUGAGAGCUGAAGUAUAGCUGACAUUGGGCAGGUGUUCACUAGACAUACCUUGAAUACACAACCACCAUUUUUUUUUUGUUUGUUUAUGUUUCCAUUCCCUCCCCCUCCCCUUUACUCUUUAAGAAGAAAUCUUUGAAGAAUGUAUGCAUUACCCAUUCUUAGGUUUUAGUUUUUUGCCUAGUUUUGUAUAUAUGAAUUAAGUUUUUGGUUGACACAAGUUGCUUUAGUUGUUGAAAUGUACCUUCAGAUUUUUAAGGAACAUAUUAUAUUUAUGGUCAAUAAAUAGUCUGUUGUACUUAGUUUGCAUUAAAGAGCCUAUGGAUGCAGCAGUGGGGAGUUAAUGAUUUUGCUAUGGCAUGAGGCUGUGGGUAUAGAAAGAGGAGUUUCCCUAUAGGUGUCAUGGCAGAUACAUGUGGAGAUAGGUACAAGUGGCUAUCAUUUCCUGUUGUGAAGUUGCAAAAGAUCUCUUCAAACAGCGUGACUUCUGAAAAUGAGGUAGAGAUGCUCCAAAAAUUUUGGAAAUUAUGUUUCCAGGUUUCCUGCAGUGACCCAUUGAAGUAUUCUAGAUCCCUAGUUUGGAGUUGGAGAAGUUAUUUUUCUAAUGGAAUCCAUAGAUUAUCAGGAUUAUGAUUUAGCCAUGGCUUUCAGUUGAUCUGAAGCCAAGCUCUAAGAUAUAUGUGGCAGGAUAUUGGCUGUGCUGUUAGACAAAAUCCUUCUGUACUCUGUGCUAUCCUUUCGUCUCUCUUUGACUUUAAGAGCUAAAGGGAUCCUUGAUAAAAUUGAAAAGGAAUAAGGAUCAGCAAUUUCAGGAAUAGCUGUUCUGUGGUUUUUAAGGCGUUAAACACAUGGGUAGAAUGCAGAUUAAAAACAUGUCUCACUUAAAACCUACAAUUAUUUUGGCUUUUCUAACUAACUUUCCAGAUUCAUUUCUCUCCUCCUAAUUUGUUUCUAUACCCUAUUCCUCUGAGCUUCCAGCUCCUACCUUGCCUUUAUUUCUUCUAGUUUAGUGGAAAUCAUUAGUACCAAGAUAGCUAAAGUGUUUUUGGAAGGGUAAGAGUGUGGAAAAUGCAGCUCAUUUCCUCCUGAAUCUUUAUUGCUCCAUACCAAAUUUGGGAGGCUUAUUAUUUUCAAGCCUCUUCCUCUACAUAUUUGCACCACUACAACACCACAAACAAAAAGGGACCUAGCAUACCAUAGGUGCAUCUGCUUGAGAAAAUGCCCAAAGUUGGAGGUUUUGAUGUUUGUGUCCACUCAGCAGAAUUAAUUUGCUUGAUUGUCCAUUUUUGAUGUCAGGGACUGUCUUGAUAAUUUUGUAUGGUGCCUAGCACAUUUUCAUGUAUACCAAGACACUUUAAAUAAAUAUUUGAUAAUGGCAUUGAGGCAAGGAAGCCUUUUCCAUCUCUAAAUUGUACUAUCAUGUAUAUUGAGACUUCGAGUCUUAAAAUUUUAUCUUCUCAAUAUUGAUGAAUUUCACUUAUUUUUAGGAAAUUUUACCAGUGUUAAGUGUUUAUAAAAAAGAAAGAUAAUUCUUAGUAAUAGCUAAUAAUAAUGAACAUUUAUGGUGUGCUUGUUAUAUGCCAAGCACUCUGCUAAAUCUACACAUGUAAUGUCCCUAAUCCUACCAACAACUCUAUGAAGUAAAACCUAUUCUUUCAUUAUCCCUAUUUUACGGAACAGAAAAUAGAAACUUAGAAAAGUUCAGUGAUUUACUUAGGUUCACAUAGCUGGUAAGAAACUUACACUAGAUCUGACAAAACCUGUGCCCUUAGUGCAACCUUACAUUUGCACAUUUUAGUAUUUGCAAAGCACAUUUAGUACAUUAUCAUUUUGUCAGCUUAAAGUAAUGAUCUGGAAUUUUAGUUGGUGAAAUGUUUGGAUCCAUAAAUUAUUUCCUAUGUGAGACCUUGUGCAAGUUUACUUAAACCUUCCGUGCCUUAGUUACCUAUAAGGGAGAUUAUCGUUACCUAUAAUGGGGCUAUUAUUUCUUAUCUUAUAGGUUUUUCUGAGGAUAAAAUGAAAAAUACCUAUAAUGCACUUAGAAUAGUUUCUGGCAUAUCACAAUAAAUGUUAUAUAAUAUUGCUGUGACUUGCACAACAUAUUCAAGUAUGGAAUUUUUUACCUAUUGUGCAUAGAAAUUUAUGCAUUAGAUGAGAAUUUUAUUGCUACACAUUCAAUUUUAUCUGCUGGUUUUGUAUUUAAUUGGGACAGUGAAGGCAACCAACUAUAUUAUUUGCUGCUAAUUCUCUUCUAGUCAGAUACUAGUAGUUUAUCAUUCUCAUACAUUUUUCAUUUACUUUGAAAAAGACAUUAGGGAGUUUUAAGCACAUUGAUUUUAAGUUAGGCUUUGUUUUUAUGGUUUCUCCCCAGAAUAAUACAUAUGUCUCAACAUUUGCAUUAGUUAUUUGUCUCAUCACACAACUGUUUUACUUUUGGUCAUGUGUAAGAUGCUGACAUGAAGCAAAUAUUAAUUGGAUAACAUACUAAAAUAUUUUGAUGAAACAAAACUUGUAGCAAUGUAGUACUGCUUGAAAGGAAGCAUUCAGUUAUGGAAAUAAAAGGUUCUUCAGGAGAGCACGAUUUGGGCUGAAUCAGAAAUUUCUUUGGUGAAUGUGUCAUGAAGAGAUAAAAAGAGAAUAGCAAUUAUUAAAAGUCCUGUCAAUGGUUGUCAUUUGUGGCAGUACUCCACAUUUUAGCUAAGGCCCUAGUACUGUUACAUUAUCUGCUGAGAGAGUUUACUCUCACACCUGACUGUUUUUGAUCUGGCUUUUUAAAUGAUAAGGUGAUGAUUUUAGAAAUGUCAGUGUUCAGGGACUAGCAUAAUUUGCAUCUCCAGAGAACCUUUGAGUCCCUAGAUUUGGAUGACUCUUCACAUUCUGAACUUCAGAUCAAAUGCUGGUAUUCUUAUACCUGUUCAGCUUCUUUAUGUUUCUGAUACUCAAGUGCUUGUGUCAGGUAGCGAGAACAUAUUCCUGGGAUGCAAAACAUUGUAAUGUUUAAACAGUAGAAUGUUGUGAUUGAAAAAAUAGCCAAAAUAAACAAAACAACCUGUCUUUGGAUGCUUGAGCAUCCUAUCUGGCUGUCCUGCUCUGUAUAAUCUGGCAACAUUUUCAGUACAAGAGUAUGUAAUGAUGUUAUGUUCAGAUGAGAAAUUAUUAUACCAAAAUGAACGUUAGGUGCAUUUAGCUUUCAUUACAAGUUAGGUUUUGAAAAUUGGAUUUUAAUCCCAUCUGUUUGUGGGACUGUCCUGAAAAUAAAUUAGCUCUGAGAAAUAGAACUGUGGCUUUUAGUCAGACUUUCCCAGCUGUGCAAAAGUGUUUUUAAAAACAGUUGAAACUCUUCUUACUUUGGUGUACCUGAACCCUAAAGUACCUGCUAGUAGCUUUUAUUUUAGAUGGACAGAAAAAGCAAAUAAUACUUUUCUUCUAAGAAAAAAAUAGUGAAGCAUUAGGAACAUAGUGUGCACAAAUGAUUGAAUUACAUGAACCACCCAGGACUUUUAGGGAAAUAAUUUUUAUGUAGUUUCCUUCAGUUUUAACAUAGAAGUUGUUAGGGAGGAAGAUGUUAGGGUAGUUUUAUAUAAACUUCUGUAGGAGAGUAGCCAUGUUAUUUGCAUGCCUCUUGCUUAUUAGAUAUAUAUCAAAUUCCUUGUGAUGCAGUGCACUGGGCAUUUGUAGAUGUUUGAGAAUUUUUUAGCCUCAUUCUCCUUUCUUUGUGUAGGUAGGCUUUGAGAGGAUGAUAGGGUAAUGAGGCCCCCAGAGAUAAACAAGAACACGUUUAGUGAAACUUAACGAAUAAUUUUCCGGACUUAGAAGUUAUACUUUCCACAAAACGUCUUCCCAAUUUUCCGAUUUUUCCUUUCUUUACCUGGCCAUCUUGACUAAUCAGCUAUUGUUUAUUGUGAUUCUAAGAGAACAACUUCACUUAUUUCCCAUAAAAUUCGGCCACAAACAGAUUUACACAUACAUAAGGGCAAGAAAUUUUUAAAGGAGUUUUUGGUUUUGUUUUGGUUUUGUUUAUUUAACUGCCCUGGAUAUCUUUUUAAUUUCAAAGUGCACAAUUGUAAUGGUAGGAGGUGUUAAUUUUUAAGGUUCAGGAUAGAGGCCCUUCUGUCUAGAACAGUUAACUAGGGGUAAGUAACACUGUUCAAACCACAAAUGCUGCAAGAUGGAAGUCAGACCUACAAUGCUUGGAUUGCCAGCCACCAUCCGGCUUGCCAUGUCAUCUAAUUGGAGGUGUGUGAGUGCAUAUGUACCCAUAUAUACAAAUGUUAUGUUAUGCUCUUUUUUUGAGUUGCAAGCACAGAAUUUUACUUGGUAGCUUCUAAGGGGAGUUUUAUUAGAAGACUUUAUUUGGGGUAAUAUGGGAGAUGUGAGUGACCAGGCCUUAUAGGAAUCCAAGGGUAAUUGUACAACUUGUCUUCACCAUUCAGAUUUCAACUAGGUAGGUGUUACAGAAAUUAGAAAAAAAGAAAUCAAUGCAACUCUAGUGUCUGGAUGUUGCCCUCGAGCAGCAGAAGUAUUGCUUCUCUGCUGCUAUUAGUCCUUUUCAGACUGCUUUAUUUUUUUUUUAAAUGAAUUACCUUACCCUGUGUCUUCUCAAUAUAGUCGUAACUGCCUCGUUCUGCCCUCUGCUCUAUGUCUUUCAGCUACUUUCCCCUUCUGUACAGCUUGAGUUCAGUCUCCUAUAAGAGGAAAUCUAAUUAGUCCAGUUAGAGACAUUGCCUGUUGGGCAAAUCUCUCAUGUCAGGCCCCUUCAUAGGUUGCUGGUCAAUCUGUAGAUUGGCUGCUCUUGGGACAGUUGCUCUCUCUUGGUCCUGUCACUUGUGAUCAUGGUGGCAGAGUCAGUGGCAUAAAGCAUGGCCCUGGGCCCCAUAGUAGGAAUCUUUUGGUGGGAAUCUUUUAAAAGAUGAUAGUCCUAAAAUGUGAUGAGCUUUCCAGUGUACAUGUUUUUCUUUCUUUUGAAAGGUGACAGAAUGAAAGGCAAGUUGUGAUCUUGACUGUUAUGUCCAUGCAAUAUCAGCAGUCCUUUCCAUACUGAGAAAACGUCUUUUGAUCAGUAUCUGCCUUUCCUUUUCUAAACUGCCUGAUAAUUCUUUCUUUGGCUUUGUAGAUUCAUAGACAGCCUAAAGUUUUCACUCAGAAAGAGCCAUCACAUUUUUUGUAGCAGCAUAUUAGGCCACUGUGUCAGUUGCUAUUUUCCAGACAUCCACAAUUAUGCUGCACAGUUUGAGUUGGUGAUUUAGUGAAUCCUCAAAGUAUUGUUUCUGCUUUUCUAUUUGUGCUUGCCACAUUUGGGCUUACUGUGCAAUGGCUGCUUUAUAUCCUGUCAUUCGUUCCUUCAAUGACAGACACUAUCCAGCAUCCAUCAUAUGCCUAGCAUCAUUCCAUUCUUUUGGGGAAACAAUCACACAAUGGUUAAAGCACAAAUUUUUUAAGAGUCAAGAAGACCUGAGUUCAAGUCCUGGCUUCUUUGCUUACUAGCUCUGUAGUGUGGGCAAGUUACCAAAUCUUUCUAAGCUUCAAUUUUCCUGUCUGUAAAAUGAUUAUAUUAGAAACUACCUUAUAGGUAUGUUUAUUGUGGGAGUUUAUAAAAGCUUAAAUGAUGUAUGUAAUGUACUUAGCACAAUACCUGGCUCAGGGAAGAGCUCAGUAAAUAUUGCUGUUGUAGUGAUCACUGAACUUGUAUCAGUUUCUUUCUGAAAUACUUUCUAACACUUAGCUUCUGGUUAUCUUGCUUUGCCAUUUGAUGUUCGUUGCCUUCUUGUUGGCAAUAAUCCAACCGUUAAAUGAAAAGUCAAAUGUAACAUCUGUGAUAAGGCCAAGAUACACAGAAGUUUAUUAAGUUAGAGCACUUCGUUAUUUUAUGGGCCUUUAUGCUGGAGUUUGAUGCCAUUUUUGGUGGAACCUUUUGCUAAUUAUUCAAGAAUUUGCUGAUCUUUUAUGAUAUUAUUUUGCUUCUUCAUGAUUAAUGUCUUAUUGAACAAUAUGUAGUUUUGAAUAGCAAACUCAGGACACUUUUUUUUUUUUUUGGUAAACUUUAGGCUGUGGGUACAGGAAUGUAUUUUGAGUUUACAAGCAAGAAUUGUUUUCUUUGUAUCACCAAUGCCUCAUAGUGUACCUAGCACACAACAGUUACUAAGAGAAUGAUGGAGGAAGAAAGAAGGAAGGCAGGAACAACACUUCAGUUAUCUUCAGGCGUAUCAUUAGUCAAUAGUCUGUCUUGGCUUUUACUUCUUUUCCGAUCACAUGAUCUAAUUUGUAUAGCUUCUCUACAUGUGAGAUUCCUCUUCAUUUCUGGUUACUUAUGGUUUCUGUUGCCUGCCUUCAUUGUGUGAACCUUCUAGAUUAUGUCAUUGCUACUAAGUAAUAGUGACAGGUUCAAACUCAUGGUAUGCUACAUGGACUGUAUUAGUAUUAGCCCAUAUAUAAUUGCAUGCUAUAUGGGUAUGCAUUUAGUGAUUUUUCUUGAUAAUUCUUAAUAUUUACCUUUGUUUAAUUCAUACUUAAUCUAAUUCCAUGAAAUGCAGCUCACCUUUCACUUCGUGUUCCACUUCCAGAUCCAAACAAAGCAUGCCUACAAUUCUUGAUUGAUGGUGCUUUCUCUCAUUUACAUAAUCUUAAGAAGUGGAGUUGAUUGGUUAUCAUUUCAUUUAUCCUUGCCUGUUUCAAACUUUUCACACUGUUCUUAAGCCUUCAGCCCCAUCUUUGCUUCCUUUAUAAAAGUCAGAUCUUGCUUAUAUCAUGACAAAAAGUAGAGGACAUUUGUUUACGCUCUCUUUUCACAUCAGGACUAUUUUUUAUCUGCUGUCCCUUCUUUGGAGGAAGAGCUGUUCUUCUGUUCCAAGUCCAGCACUUCCACCCUUGCCUGUCUACUUCACUGGACUUUCUUCCAACAACUCCUCCUCUUUACCCCUCCCCAGCUUCUGUCUCCCUGUCCACUAGCUCCUCUUCCUCAACCUACAAACAUGUUCAAAUUCCUUUCAGUCAAAAAAUAAACUUCUGUACUACCUUGAACCUAGUUACUGCCAUCUAGUCUGUCAAACUUCCAUGUUCUCUCAUACUACCCUGUGUUAGUCUUGAUUCUGUCACACUGUAAUUGUUUAUUUCCUUCUUUUCCUUCUACAUCAGACUGUAAGCUUCUGAGAAAUCUGUCUCUUGAUCAUGGUUGAUUCACGAAAGCCCACGCUAGUUCCUAGUGCAUCAUAGGCAUUCAGUAAAUAUUUUUUUGAAUGAAUGAACAGUGUUAGAGCCAUGGCUAUGCCAUUCACUUUGUGAACCAUCUGUAAUUUUUUUCUACCCCUAUAUUUCAGUUGAAAGUUCACUUGAAGGUCACCACAUAAAUGUGAAAUCGAGUGACUUCUCUCUUUACAUUAUGCUUGACCUCUGCAACCAUUAGUGCUUACAAAUUUACCUUUUCCACAUAUUCAUGGUCACGUAUAACUGGGUCACUUUGGGCCAGUUCCAGUAUUGCAUUCAAAAGAAGCAGACAAGCCCCAAACCUUUGGAAAGUAAUGAACUUCUGUAAUGUUUUAGUGAAAUCUUCUAAUGAGAUAGAAAUACACAAUUAAAUAAAGCUCAGCAAACUUCAAAUAAGUUCUCUUUACCCACCUUUCUUCCCAAAUCCUUACACAGCUUGGCACCUUCAAUCUCUCUUUUGUAACAGUUGACCCAAAACUUGUACCCUUUUGGCCAAAAACCCCUUGUCCCUUGUCCCCUUUUUUCAUAUUCUAUGUUUAUUUUCUUCCAAGAACAGAUUAUUCUUUCCAGUUUAAAUCACUUUAGCCUCUUUUGACUCCUUCCAACCAAGUUCUUUCCUAAACCAGUUAUCUUACUCAGUAUUUUAGAAGUCCAGGAGCAUUGUCUUGAUUUCAUUUGGUUUGCCCUUACCAACUUUCUUUGCAUAAUUUUAUUUAAUCUCAAUGCCUCACAUCAGUGAGUUUUCCCUGACCUCCUGGGUGUCUCCCUUCUGUGUCUCUGUGGUGCCCCAUUUAUAACUCUCUUGAAAUAAUCUAUUUCUCUCUCUUUUCUAAGCUAUACAUUUCUUAAGGGUAGGGGUCCUGUCUUUUUUUUCUAUACCCCUGUGUCUAGCAUAGUACCUAGAACAUGGUGGGUGUUGAUAAAUGUUUACUGGAUUGAUGUUUCUGUGAAAUUUAAUACUUUCUCUUUUGCCACUGACUUUUGUUUUGUUACUAGGUCUUCAAACAUGGAUUAAGGUUUCCUUAAUGUCUUUUAUUCUUUUUAUAUACUCUUAGUGAUUCCUCUAUUCCCAUCGUGUCACUUACCACUUCUAUAAAGAUGACUCCUGGUCCGUUUUCUAGUCUGGCCAUUCUCCUUAAGACCAUUUGUUUUCAAAGCUGCAUAUCAGACAUCUCCACAUGAAUGUGUCACCGGUAUCUUAAAUGCAACAAAAAACUCAGUAAUCCAAACUUAUCUUCCUUUUAAAAUUUGUUCCUCCCUAUGUGCUCCUUGUCUCAGUUAUUCUAACCCUACCCUUCCGGUUACCUAUGCUAGUUGGAAUCCUGGCAAAUGCCUUAACUUCUUUCUUUUAUACUCUCCCUAAUCUGUGAUCAAUGCCUAUCCAUCCUGCCUCUGCAUGUUUUUCACAUUUGCUUCCCCUUCCCAUCUCUACUCUUAGUAGUUUUGUUAUCACUUACCUUCACUAUUGCAGUAGUCUCUUAACUGACCUUCUCUAAUCUGUCUUCCAUUGUGUUGUUAGAAAUAUCUUCCUAAAACACAGAUCUGUUGUUACUGUAUAUUCAUCACUUGACUAAUUUACUUAUCUUUCAGGUCUCUGCCAAAUGUCACUUCUAAAUAAAGAUAAAGUAUGUCUGCCUUCCUUGUUUGUUUCAUGUUCCUUUCCUACUGUCAUCUAAUACCAUUUGUAAUUAUGUUUAUAUUUGUGCAUUGAUUUGUUUAAUGUCUUUCUUCCCACUGGAGAGAUUUAUGUAAGGGACUAGGGAGAGUUAUGUAGACCCUGAGGCCUAGCACAAUGCUUGGGACAUAGUAACACUUAAAACAUAUCUGUUGAAUGAGUUAAUGGAUAAUAGCAAAGUACAGGCAGUACAGGCAAACAGAUACCAAGAAGCAAAGGCAGGGAAGUUACAGGGUCCUAGACUCUUACUACAUUCUCACAGACCUUAAUCUGUAGUUUAAAAUAGUAGUGGGUUUCUCCCUUUUGCUUUUUGCAUUUAUUUCCCUAAAGAUGAGAGUGAGCAACUUAACUACUCCACACUGACACUUUAGUGAGGGCACUGUGGAACCUUUUUAAUCAGAGGAUGGAACCAGGCUUGAUGGUGAUUCAAUCAAAGCAGUUUUAGUGUCACACUUGUCUGAUGGAGGCAAUUUGUAUUUCUGAGGAAAUUCCAAUCAAGUAACAGAUUACUAGAUUUUUUUCCUGGUCUGAAUAUUAUUUUUGGGCAUUUCCGCAAAAAGCUUUUUGGGAAAGGUAGUUCUUACACUGGGGCUUGGAAUAAUUGUAUCUCUGUGCUUGGCCUUGGAAUAAUUCUAUCUCUGUUGGAAUUGUGCACACGUUGAGGCCUGAGGUGUCAUCUUAUAUAGGGCCUUCACUGUGUGGCUUUCAUCUAUUCAGCAUCUUAGGAGAGAAUCAUGUUCAACACAGUUUUGCUUUAAGCUUUUUACUUGGUAACAGCAGUUUUGCCUUAAGUUCUAAAGCUUAAUAACGAAACUGUGUUGAAUGAGAACCUUUCCAAAUGAUAUACUUUUCGAUGUAAGCUGAGUUUGUUCAUCCAAAGUCAUCAAGAAUAGGUUAUGUUUAGAACACAUGGAAUGAAUAAAUAUUAGUGAAUUCAUGAAUAUAGUUCAUGGGCUAAACUUUAUUGGAUUUUAAAUUUCUUUAUAUGUAAUUCCAUUCACCUGUUUAUUCAGCCAUCUACACUUGAGCAACUACUUUAUGCCAAGGACUGUACUAAACAUUUAGGAUUUGAGGAAAAAUACGACUUGAUUACUCUCAAGAAUUUUAUAAGUCUAGGCUUUUUUCAUGUCUGAGGCCAGAGUGAUUUUUCUUUUCCUUUUCUUCACUCAGGAUGAAGUACAUAGUGGUAUAAUCCUAGUUGACUGCAGCCUCCUUCUCCUAGGCUCAGGUGAUUCUCCUUCCUCAGCUUCCUGAGUAGCUGGAAUACAAGCCUGUACCACCACACCUGGCUAAUUUUUAUUAUUUAUUUUUCGUAGAGAUGGGGUCUCUCUGUGUUGCUCAGGCUGGUCUCGAAUCCUGGCCUCAAGCAAUCCUCCUGACUUGGUCUCACAAAGCGAUGGGAUUACAGGCACGCACCACCACACCUGGCCUUAGAGUGAUUUUCAAAGUGCAAAUUCAUGCGCUUUUUUCCAAGACCUCAGCUUGGAAUGUCCUCUUGUAUUACCCACCUCUCUUCUUUCAGGACUCAUUUCUUUGGAACCCUCCCUGUCUCUCCAAGGCAGCUGAGUACCCUUCAAUAUACUCAUCCCACCCUCUCCCUCUCCUGUUGUGGCAGUUAGUGCCGUGUUUUGUAAUUACCUGUUUAUUUGGGUCUCCCCAGCUAGACUGAAAAAGGCCCUUGAAGGCAGGGCUGUGUCCUUGUGUCCUGAGUGCUGAACACAGUACCGAGUACACAGUUUGUGAGCAAUAGAAUUUGUGGAGGGAAUGCAUUUUGGAUGGAGGCUAUUGGUUAAGUGACCUGCAAAACUGCUCCAGUAUCAUGCCAGGAUCAGUCUUCUUUGCUCAUUAUUGAUGAGAAGCAAUACUAACUUAUGUCUUUAUUCCUAACUUAAUUAUACUCCCAAGUACACAUUUGCAUGCUUCAUUACAUACCUGUAGUGAUAUCAGUGACACUGAUAAAAGUAUUUUUUCAUAUUUUAGUUCUCAUGUUUUUGACUCUUUAUUUUAACUUUGUUGUUGAAAGUAUUUUUUCAUAUUUUAGUUCUCAUGUUUUUGACUCUUUAUUUUAACUUUGUUGUUGAUUGAAUUGAGUAUUUGAGUUGCUGUUAGUAUAAAUAAAAGUUUCCCUCUUGGAUGACUUACCAUGUUAAAAAAAAUCACAAGUAAUAUUAUGCGCUAGUGAUACCUUGUGAUUUCAAAUUUAUUUUGUUCCAGCAAAGAAUCAGUUUGGGUCUCUUUGGAGAAGGGCAUACAUCUGAGUUGACCUCAACUUUUCUGUAGGAGAGAUUAUUGAAUCUCCUAUAAAGGAUUAUAUGUAAAUAUAUAAAUUAACAUUUGUCUGUUUUACAAAGUAGAGUGCCUGAAACAUGAAUAUAUAAAAUGUUAUUUUCAGUGUACUAGAGUAAAGGAGUUUGGUAUUUAAAGGAGUUCUGUACUUUGGUAAAGCCACAAUUCUUUUGAUUACACUAGUGGUUGGUUAUUUAAUCAGGAUAUGAAUUCAAAUAGCCGACAAAAUUUUGAAAAAAUGCAGAUGUCUGGCUGACUCCACAUCUAUCAGAUUGCAAUUUCUGGUGGUAGUGUCCAAGCUCCUAUAUAUUUUGUACCAACUACACAGGUAAUUCGAUGGGAUAGCCAGAACUACUCAACUAUAUAAACCAGAGAACCUCGAACCUUAACAUAUGAUCAUGUGGGACCUUGUUAAAAUGCAGAUUCUGAGUCAGGAGCUCUGGGUGUGACUUUUUUUCCAGUGCCAGCGAGCUCCAUGUGAUGUUCAUGCUGAUGGUGCAUGAUCCACACUUUGAACAAUAAGGCUAUAAAUAAUAACCACCUACAUUUUAAAAGAUUUCCUUUUUUUUUUCAUUUAAGUGUGGUGUAUCUGUUCCUACUCUUGCUUAUUCUAUAAGACAAGUGUAAUGGGCUUUAGAUCCAGUCUAAAAUAGUUUUGUUUUGGAUAUUGUCUUCCAUUAAAGUUUCAGUAUGCAGAGGAUGAAACUUUGUCCUUUUUUUCCAAUGACCAUCAGAUAAAUGAUAAACCUGAAUCUAAAAGUAAUUUCUCAUUUCCUAUCCUCCUGUCAGCUAUGGUCCUUUGAGGUCAAAUAAAAGUAGAAGAAGCAAGUCAUCUGUUCAGAGACUCUGUUGCCUCUUAAAAAUAAAACUCAACUCUGAAGAUUACACGUGCUUAAUUUUCGUUAUGAUAUUGUUAGGACUAGGUGUGUUUAUCGUUUUUAAGGCAUUGACUGACAAGUUUGUUUUUGAAUAAGCCCUAUUUUAAAAAUAACUUUAAUUUAUUUACUUAAAAAUAUUUUGCUUUCAGGUCCUCUUUGUUAGAAUUUUAAUUUGGUAUGUUCCAUACAGAGGUGGAAAUAAUGUUAUAGCUUCUAAAUAACUAAAUUAACUUUGUUGCUAAGAAUUAAAAAUAACCCAAACCUUACUGGGUUGAUCAUAGGAAGCUGAAGGGAUACUGGGGCAUACGUGACAGAUUUACUGAUGUGCCUGUAGUUGAUUUGGGGGCUGUGGGGUGGUGACAGCUAGAAUUGUUUACAUGCUACUGAUGCGUAGAUGGUGUCCUAGAUAUGCAGGCAAACAGGUAUUUGCUAGGUUGAAUUAACCCAAAUUCCUUUUAGUCUCUUGAGUAAUGCAGGCCUUUGUAUUACAUGUUAAUUAAAGAGUUUAUUACUUGUAAGACUAGUUGUGUUUGAAAUGAGGUAUUUGCCUUUUAAAGGUUGAAGAUUUCAACUUAGCACGCUUUAUUGAGUAGAAGAUGAAAUAAAUUAUUUAAAAAUAUGAUAGGGGACAGAUUAGUAAUAAGCAAAUUAAAUUAUACAAUUUUUUUGGCAGAGCUUGUUCAGUAUCAAAAGUUAAAGCAUUCCAUGAGUAUUCUUCAGAUUUCACUGUCUUACAUUGACUUAUUUCAUUCAGUCAGUAAACAGAUAAGCUCCUGCUUCAUGUGAGGCACUGAGUAAGGUACAGAGAUAAGCAGUGCAGUUCCUCUUCAAGUAUGAUGGAGGAGGAAUACAUUUUAAGGACACAGAAGUGGAAUAUUAAGGCACACUGAAGAGUUAGGAAAGACUUAUAAUUCUUAAAUUUAUUCUUGAGUUUUGAAAGAGAUAGGCAGAAAAAGUUUCCAUGUAGGUACAGAGACAUGAAAUCACAUGUAGAUUAAGGGAAGGAGUAUGAGACAGGGAAAUGGACAAAUCAACAAGGCUUUUAUGUACCAAGUAAAUAGUUUGAACUGUAUUUCAAGAUUAGGAGUACUGUUGAAAGAUUAUAAACAGGGACAUAUAAUAGCACCAAGGGAACUGAAUUGGAGUGGAGGUGGGGAUGUAGGACUGUGUGAGGGAAAUCAAUUAGGAGACUAUUUCAGAAGUCUACGUAAGAGUGAUAGGACGUAAAUUCAGGUUUUGGCAAUGAGACUAUAGAAAAGGAUACAGGUGAAAUAAUUAUUUCAGAAAUGAAAUUUUCCAGGCAGUGGAGACGAAGAAAGAAUCUAGUAUGAUUCAGUUUCAGGCAUUCUUGUUGAGCAGGUGGGUGGCACCAUGCUUCAAGGCAAAGAAUACAGGAGGAAGAAGAACACUUUUCCAGGGGGAAAUGCUGAAUUAAAUUUUAGAUAUGUAUGUUGAGUUUGAGGUGGUAGUGGGACAUCUAAUUGGAGAUGCUUAAUAGAAGUAGGAUAUACAGGUUAGAGGUCAAGAUAGAAAUUGCCCAGGGGCUAGAGAUUUAGAAGUCAUUAGUGUUCAUGUAGUUGUUGAAGCCAUAGACUUUGAAGGGAUUGCCAGGAAGAAUAAAUAGAAUCAACAUAUUAUACUACUACAUGGAUUCUUUUCAUUUAUUAUGUGAUUUAUGAUAAUACCUAUCUAUUUUAGUUUUUCAUUUGGGAGCAGGUAUUUGGGUAGCUCUGUUUCACUCUCUCUCUCUGUGUUACCCCCAUCCCCAUAUAAAAUAUGUAAUAUAACGUGUAUUUAAUGUUACUCUGAGAAGUACUGAAUAAUUAAAUUGUAAUAGUAUUAGGCAAUAUGAAUUAAUUUAUGUGUUGUAUUCAGAGAGGUUUUAAGAUAAAAUCUGUAAGACCUAUUUUAAAAGAUUAUUUCUUGAAAAAGGAAAAAUCUUAUUUUAAAAAUAAAGCAAUUUAUUAGUGUUCUUGGACUAAAUAAGAUUUAUUUGUUGAGUCCCGUAGCUUUGAUCUGUCCAGGAAUUUUCAUGAUUUACUUCCCAUGCCUCUGAUCUAGGCAGGUACUAUGUCUGUGUGCCUAAUCUAGUCAAGGAAAACUAGGAGAAAGCCAUCUGGCUGAUCCUGAUAGAAUUUGACAUAAUCCAUACGAGAAACUUAAGCAAUUUAGUAUCCAUAGCCAGAGUCUAAGGGAAUAAAGGUACUAUUAAAGGUUGAACAGAUGAUUUAAAUAUAUUAAUUAUACUUUGCAAAGCUGCACUUUUUUGACUGGUGAAUAUUUAACGAAAUGUAGAUCCUACAUCGUCAUCCUGUGGCUCUCACUGGUUUUUCCCGUUUCCAUCUCCUUUCUGGAGGAAGAGCAUAACAAUAAAACUGUUUCUGAUCUUGCCAUCUAGAAAACACUAGUAUUAAAGUGGAAAUUUUUGUCUCCUUAAAAGUGAAAUGAAGCAGCCUAUUUACCACCACGCAUCCCCAGGCCAGUGGGUACUUACGAGGAUGUGCAAGAUGACUUUUCAGAAAUCAGCCCUGCUUGGGAUGAAACCAUUGAUUUAAUAAAUAAAGCAUAGGUCUGUAUACCACUCAAGAUGCCAUUGGUCUGUAUCCAACUUUUUUGGCAUUAACUUUUAAAAUAUGCCUUUAAAGGAAAGAGUUCCCAGGAGACUUUGUCAAGUUUCAAUACAGUAAAUGUUAUGGCUGAGUUAUAACUCCUAAAAACUGAAGUUAAUAAUAGAAAUGACAGAUCUGAAUUAGAAGAGGAUAGCUAUAAUAAAACAAUUUUUGUUAUUCCCUUAUGAUCUAUAGUAAACACACACACACAUAUUUUUAAAGUUUUUUGUUUUAAUGCUUUGAAAAUGAUUUCUCUUUCUUGUUAUUUAUACUUUAAUCAAUGAUGGGUAUUAGCAUUAAAGCCUAAUAUCCACAUCAAAUAAUACAAGGCACACUGCUGUAACACACAAUUAUAUUAACCAUAAACUUUUACCUGUUUCAAGUCUCUCAUUUUAAAUAAAUUUGUUUAAACAUCAGUUUUUUUUUUCCUGGCAAGGCUCUAUAUUCUCAUUCACACCCCAGUAAAUCACUAAGAGAUUAUUGAUGAAGAUAUGUGUAUUUGGGUGUUUGAAGGAUUAUAACAAAAAUAAAAAGUAGAAUAGAAUUUUAGAAUAUAUGCUUUCUACAUUGAGGACUUCAUUUGCUUUAUAGCCUUCUUUAUAUUUGUUGAUAUUCUUUCUUGCCCUAUGCCAACAUUUUAGAAAUACAUUUUUAGAAAUUUCUUACAAGGUUUAUCAGUAUGCUACCAAUAACAACAUACACACUCUCUCUCUCUCUUUCUUUCUCUCACACACACACACCUUUUUAUCCAUGUAAUAACAAAUAUCUUGAGUUUAUAGUGUGUGUUUUGCUAGAAGUUAAGUGGUUAUACAUCUUUGCUUUAGCUUUACAAAAUCACUAGAUCACUGACAGAUGGUUUUUUUGGUUUAUUUUGUUUCGACAUUUUUUCAUAUAGUUAAAACCCACAGCACUCAAUUUCAUCACCCAGGCCCAAUUCACAAGCUUAAUCAAUGGCAAAGUAAAACUGGCACCUCUUGAUUUCCUGGUUUGUGUUUUUUGGGUGGAGUUGAUUCCUGAGUAUGAAAGUUGUGUUAGGAAAUAAUAUUAGGUAGCUGCAAGAAAAUGCUGGAAGAUGGUUACCAAACAUCCUGUAUAAGUGUGAUUUUCUCAUACCUCAGGGCCCUGCUUAUUAAAAAGUUGGAUCUAGAUAUGUGUUGAUCUUGCCUAGUCAGCCAGUUUUGAUAUACUACUAGCAUGUUACCAUUCCUAUGUAGUAUUCUAUAAAGAAAAUUUGGCAACCCAACAUUUGAAAAAAUUUUAACAUUUUUAGCCAAGUUACUGUUUAGAAUCAAACUAUGCCUAAAAGUAAAUUCAUCACCCUGUUAUCUACGAUUACUGCUCCCAUCCUACUAGAACUGACUCUCCUUGCUUGACUUCUUCAUUUUAUCCAUGCUGCCACCACCACUUUGCUUAUUACACAGACUUCAAAGUCUUAUUUCGUCUAUGAAUCUGUUCUUGACAGUUCCAACUCAUGGAGACCUCUUCUGAUAAACUCACAUUUACCUUACCAUUUAUUUUUUACUUCUAUCCUUUGUGUUAUUAUUGCAUUAUUAAUUAUAUUGCUCCCCCCCCAGAUUAGACUCUAAGCCCUUUGAGACCCAAGGCUAGCAGUUUUACCCUGCAGCAUGUAGAAUUAUGAAAGAAUGGAUCACCAGGCCUGUCCCCAUUCUCCCUGUUCUGUAAGGUAUCAGUAAGUUUUGAUUUCUUUUUUGUAAUGUCUUCUUCAUGUCCUACUUUUCCUGGUCUAAGCUUUCUAUUGCUCUACUCUUGGCCUUCUCUGGUUCUUUUAGUAUCUUCUGUUUAUAAAUAUGGGUGAUUUUUAGAAGAUUCUUGGGAUAAUUUUUUGGAGAUAUAUGGGUGAUUUUCAGCUUUUUCCUGUCUCAGGUUCAAUUUUGAAACUCUACCACAAAAAUUCUAUCUCUUUAUACUUACAUUUAAUAUUUAUUCAAUAAUUGAAAUGUUUUGAGAGUGUGUAUCUCAGAAGCAGUAGUUUGGAUAUGUUAAAAAGUGGGUUAACCACACUUUUACUUUCAAUACAGAAUAAAAAGAAGAGUAAGUCUUUGCAAAUUAAGGCUAAUAGUUAUUUUAUUUCACCACCUGAUAUUUUGUAUAUACCUUCGAUUGAGCCAUAAUUCUGUUGAGUUGUACAUGGAGAAUCUAGAGAUUUAGUAUUUUAAAAUGGAGAAAAUUGAGGUAAGUGAUUGCACAAGGUCAAAUGUGUAGCUGAUGAAGAAGUCAGGAAUAGAAGCCAGCUAUCUCUUUAAGAUUAUUUUAAUAUGUAAUAACAUGUUUUUAAAAAGUACAAAAAGGAAUACUGUGAAAGGUAAGUUUUUUCCCUACCCCAUCUCUCAGUUCUUCCAUUACCUUCCCCAGAGGCAAGAAGUUACCAAUUUCUUGGACUUUCAAGAGCUAGUUCAUGUAUGUAAAAUCAAGGAAAUAUAUACAUUGUCCUUCACACAAAUGAUAGCAUCUUAUACAUACCUUUCUGCACCUUGCCUUUUUUUACUUAACAAUGUCUGAAAAUUGUAGAGCCUGGGAUUUUUUUGUUCCUUGGUCCAUGAACUUUCCAUUUUACUAUACCGCUUAUUAUUAUUAAACAACUUUUUUUAUUAAUAUGAAUGGACAGAGUUAUUAAUUAUUUAUUUCUAGCAUAUUGAGUACCUCACAUGCAACAUGAUGUAGUAUUUCACAUUUCUUUCAGGAAGAGAGGGUCACUGAUUUAUGAUAAAUAAUGUUGAAAGUUAAAAAAUUAUAAGGGAAAUUUAUAAAUAGCUGUUACUGCUGGUUACCAAAAAUAGCUAAUUGUACAUUUACUUUUCCAUUUGAGAAAGAAUUGGCAGAUGAAGUUUUCAGGGAAAUCAUUUACACAGACUUGUGUAAAAAUUUGUACGGUUUGUACAAACAGUUUAUCUCAAGGCCAGUGAGAAGCAAUGAUGUUAUAAAUGUCAAACCACAAAUGUUUGUUUCAUUUUCUAAAUUUUAAAAUCUCCAACCUCAAAUUUAUAUCACAGAAAUAGUUUUUCAUUUGUUUCUCAAAACAGUUUGUAACUAUAUAUUUUUAUCUGGAUAUGAUUCAUGAUCAUCUAUAUAAAAAUACACCAUUAAUUUUGAUCAUUCUGGGUUUUUUUUUUGGCCAACUUAUCUAUCAGCGCAAUUAUUGCUUUAAUUCUCAGAGAAAAAUAGAGCCUGUCAGAACUGUUUGAUUUUAGAUCUUAUGGACCAAACUGUAUCACAAAAGACAAAUCCAUUAAAAAAUGUGUUCCAUGCCAAAUGUCCAUGAUAAUAUUCAUAGAGGUUGAGUACUUAUAUUUGAACUUCAUGUUAGAUAAUUAGUCAGUAAUUCUGCUUUCUUCCUAAAGAUGG